AUGGAGAUCUACGAUCGUCUUCACACACCUAAAUACGAGCUCGAAAUGUCCGACGCCACUGUCGGCGCAGUGCCAUCCAUCCCCGGCGCCGCCGACCCACAUCAGCAGCUCAUCAGCGUUCCGGAGGACUCGCAACUCGACACGCAGCACCUCGCAUCCACAACCCCUUCUCCUCUCGCCAGCUCGUCACAAGCUGCCACACACGAGAGUCCGAGCUCACGGCGUCUCGACAAGCUUGCUACCUCGUCAUAUGGUCUCGUUCAACCAGGUGGUCGCCCCGAUCCAUCUUCGCGCCGCAAUUCCGACAUCUCGAAACCGCUUCCCGGUCUACCACCUGCCCCGACUAACGCAGAACAAACCUUCCUACCGGCAACAGCCAAUGGCGGCGGUACUGCCUCGGCCUCGCCCCUUCCUUCUUCGGCUAUGGCCAGCUCCGUGGAUCCUCGCGCAUCAGCGGUAGACAACAUGCCACCACAGCAUAUUCCACGGCCACUCGACGGCUCGAGCGCAUUCUCAGCUGCACGUACACCCCCCAAACAGACCUUGCACGGCGCUAUCCCCCCUAGCGUAGAACCACUUCACAUGCCCCAAUCCAUCUCGGUCGGCCCUUUCUCCCCACCCGAAUCCGAUCCGCACCGCUCCAUGAUCGACAGCAACCGCAGCAGCAUCGACGAUAUCCGCCGCAACCAUGCUGCCAGAGCCGCCAAGCGUCAAUCGCACAACCCAUCUCCCGUCGACCCGCAUCUCAGCAACGGUCUCGUUGCGGACCCUGCUCUCACACCCAUCCGCGCACACACCCAGUACCAGAGCGAAGCCGCAUCCUCUCCCGACUCAACACAACGUCAUCGAAGAGGCACGGCAUCCGAACCGCCUCGCCCUGUCAGCGUCCUCGAGACACGCGCCGCGCAGAUCGAAGCCAUUCAACGUCGUCAGCAAGGCUCACGCAUCGACGAUGGCAGCAGCGACACCUUUGACGCCACAGACACCUUGGGCUCUUCCCGCGACACUCACGUCGAUCGCACCUCGCAGCAGCAUUUGCACCUUCGUGCUGCUCGAGAGCAAGAGCUCGAGCGGGAACGUCUGCAACAGCAACAACAGCAGCAGCAGCAGCUUCGAGAGCAACAACGCGAGAAGGAGCAGCAGCGUCAGCGUGAGCGCGAAAAGCUCAAGGAGAGGGAACGCGAAAAGGAACGCGAGCGUGAGAGGGAAAAGGAGCGCGGCGACCGAGACCGCGAUCGCGAUCGCGAACGACGCAGUCGACGCCUGCUAGGCGACUACGCCUUGGGCAAGACCCUCGGCGCCGGAAGCAUGGGAAAAGUCAAGCUUGGCGUCAAGAUGGGCAACGGCGAAAAGGUCGCCAUUAAGAUCAUUCCCAGACACACCUCUAUGGCUGCAGCUCAAUCACCGCGCGCCACCGUCGACGAGAAUGGCAAGCCUCAGCCGCCACCACCGCCGCCCACCGCCUCCUUCCUUGCCAAAGCAGCCGCCAAGGACCAGUCCAAGGAGAUCCGUACCAUCCGCGAAGGCUCGCUCCAGAUUCUGCUUCAUCAUCCGUACGUCUGCGGCAUGCGCGAGAUGAUGAUCCACACCAAUCACUACUACAUGGUCUUUGAAUACGUCAACGGCGGUCAGAUGCUCGACUACAUCAUCAGUCACGGCCGCCUUCGAGAGCGAAGCGCGCGCAAGUUUGCCCGCCAGAUCGGCAGCGCCCUCGAGUACUGUCAUCGCAACAGCAUCGUCCAUCGUGAUCUCAAGAUUGAGAACAUCCUCAUCUCCAAGACCGGUAACAUCAAGAUCAUCGACUUUGGACUCAGCAACCUCUUUUCACCUCACUCGCACCUCUCCACCUUUUGCGGAUCGCUCUACUUUGCGGCGCCCGAGCUGCUCAACGCAAAGGUCUAUACCGGCCCCGAAGUAGACGUCUGGUCGUUCGGUAUUGUGCUGUACGUGCUUGUGUGCGGCAAGGUACCUUUCGACGACCAGAGCAUGCCUGCACUGCAUGCCAAGAUCAAGCGUGGACAGGUCGAAUACCCUGCUUGGCUCAGCGGCGAGUGCAAGCAUCUCCUCUCGCGGAUGCUGGUCACCAAUCCUGCCAAUCGCGCCACACUUGCCGAAGUUUUGGCGCACCCUUGGAUGGUGAAAGGCUAUGACGGUGUGCCUGAUCCUCACCUGCCUGAUCGCACACCGCUUCGUCCGCACAACAUUGAUCAGGAGGUGGUCAAGGGCAUGACCGGUUUCGAGUUCGGAACUCCCGAAGCCAUCACCGCCAAGCUGAUGGAGGUGCUCACCAGCGAAGCCUAUCAGGCCUCACUGCAUAAUUGGGAGCUCAAGAAUCUGCCCGCCAGCCUUGCAGGCCUCAGCACCGUCGGCAGCAGUGGCUCAUCGCUCGACUCGAACGGCCUGCAAAGGCCAUCGACGCGCGGCAGUAUCUCUGCCGCCAGUGGCUCUGACACGGUCAAGUCCAAGACAGGCUCACGGCGCUUCUCAGGCAUCGAUUUCUAUAGGAAGAAGCUCACCACCAACCCGCUCGCGGCUGCGUUUGGCGGCAAAGACGACUCGAUGGCCUCCGCCAACGGAGGCUCCAAUGGACUUGGCUCAGGUACAGGUCUGAUGCCAUUCGGCAAGGAGCCUUUGGACCCAACACGUGGCUUCCACCCACUUAUCUCGAUCUACUUUCUCGUCAAGGAGAAGAUGGAUCGUGAGCGACUGUAUGGCCACUCGUUCUUCGCCUCGUCCAAUCUCUCGCUCAACGGUCCUCCUGUUGCGUCUGCAGGUGCAGGUUCGGGUGCAGGCACAGGCGCAAGAGCCGCUGCGGCCGGAGCCAUGCCUACUGCUGCCGACAUUCCACAGGAAGCGCUUCGCGUGCCCGAGGCGCCGCACGUAUCCCACCGUGCGUACGAUCCUUCUCGCCAGGAAGCAGCGCUGGCCGCGCCUACACCUCCUCGUCCAGUCGCGGCGGCCGGUUCGAUGUCUGCGUCGCCCACGCCCGUGUUCGAGUCGCGCGAAAAGUCGAGACCUACGGGUAUCAUGGCUGGACCACCUCGUGCUCGCGCCAACGCAGACGAGAUGGAAGCCGCGCUGCGCGAAAAAGGCCUGCCGUCGCCGAUCGACGCAGGCUUCGCCCCGAGCAUCGGCGGGGUGGUCCCCGUUCCAGCAGCCAGCACUGUCGGCAAGCGACAGUCAUUCUCAGCAAUGGCACCGAACGCCGAGGUCGUCGCGCCUCAGAAUCAUCGUCAUUCCAUGAUGGUGCCGGACACUUCGAUGGCGAUGGCCAACAAUCACAAGAGGAGCGUCAGCCUGACAGCGCGUCGUCCCUCUGGUGCAGCUUUGGCCGGUCGAGCGCCCAAUGCUGCCAUCGCGGAAGAUGGGGUGCCGGACGCUGCCCGCGCCGACACGAGGAGGAUGUCGACCAUGUCUCCGACUCGCGCAGACAAGCGAGCGUCGUACAUUGCUACGCCUUUCAAAUCGGAAGCAGGACCCGCAGAGCCGUCGUCAGUUCCAGCAUCGGGCGCCUCGAACAACAACAGCACUUCGUUGGGCUAUGGAGCGACGUUGGCUCGCCGCUUCAGCUCGUUCAUGGGUCGAUCGCCGUCUCAGCCUCUGGACGCCGAGGCUAGAGAGCGAAAGAAGCAGAGUAGGAUGAGCAUGCCGAUGGGCGGUAUGCCGCAGCAGCAGCAGCCGCAGCAGCGUCGAGGUAGCGCGCGCAUGCCUCUCAGCGAGGUGGAUGAGGCCGACAACGGCACGGACGUCGAUCCAUACGACUACGACGAUGCAGAAGAGAACCUCGCCAUGCACGAUGACGAUGUACCUCUCAGCAGCGGCACCACGGUGCGCCGUUCAGGAACGUUGGGCGACAUGCCGCCUUCGCGAGCCAACACGCGCGUGCGCGAAACCUCGAUGGGCGCUGUGUCUGUAGGUCGCGCUGCCGGGUUGUCGAUGUCGCCCAAGUCUUCGGCUGCUGCCAAGUCGAGCGGACGACCGAGCACCGGCAUGUCGAUGUCGACGAGCGCGCCGCUCAACAUGUUCGAGGCCGCGGGAGCGUCCGGGCGGAAGGACGACUCGGCUGCGCAGCACAUCAGCCCGAGCAAUUCUGGAAGCGGAUGGAUGGGCCCCACCACACCUGGGCAGGCGGAGGUUCUUCCAACCCUCACCACUCGUCGACGAUUCGGAGGAUUCGGCGGAUCGGGUGAGCAGCAGAAUGGCGUAUCGGCUAGCGAGGGUGGGUCGAAGCCCAUCUUCCUGAAAGGACUGUUCAGUGUGCAGACGACUUCGACCAAGCCGCGCACUGUAAUCCACGCUUCGUUGGUCAAGGUGCUGGACCGGAUCGGGAUCCAGUAUCGAGAGCUUCGCGGUGGAUACGAGUGCGUGCAUCUGCCGAGUCUGGACUUUUCGGGCUCGGACUCGAUGGGCAGAGGCAACGCUCGAAUCCCGCUUGACACGAUGGCGGCAGCGGCGGCGGCGGAGGCCGAGGUAGCAGGUGAUCCUUCUCCCACUUCGGAAGACCAUGGACGUCAACCGAAACGCAAGCCGAGUCGACUGUCGUUUGUGGCGGGAAAGAGCAAGGACAAGGAUCGUGCCAACCGCAGGGAGGGAUCUGUAGCGGACAGCAUCGGUGCGAUCGUUGGAGCAGGAGGCACAGUGCGAAGUCGAACGCCGUCAUUGACCAGCAGCGCCGCCUUUGCCAAUGCGGAAUCGACGACAUCUCCGACGCUUCCGCCCAAGACGCCGUCGAAACCGUCGCUGUUGACCAUGUCGCCGAGACAGCGUGCCGAUUCAAUGGGCGCUGCUUCGGUGCUGGGCCCAUCUGGAUCGCGCGAUUCGAACCUAAUGCUCGACACGGCUGUUGCUGCUGGGCAGGGUGUCGACGCAGCUACGCUCUCGCCGGGAGGCGGGAUGGUGGCUGCCAGGACGAUGAACGCCUCGCAAGCGACCGAGUUGGCAGUACGCUUCGAGAUCUUUGUCGUCAAAGUUCCGCUGUUGCUGGGUGUCAAUGGAUUGCAGUUUAGGCGGGUGGGUGGAAAUCCUUGGCAGUAUCAGAUGUUGGCGAAGCGUAUUCUGCAGGAGCUCAAGCUUUGA